CGGAGGGUAUGCGGGACGGCAGUUACAUCUUUCCAGUGGUAUAAUCUACUUAGCAAUGAGCUCAGGGUUAAGGAGUUGGAGGGUAGAGCACCUGACUACCCAGCUUGCCGAGGAGAGGGCGAGGAGCCAGGCUAGAGAGGUUGAGUGGGAGAGGGGAUUUGGGGAGAUGGCGGCCGUUGUGGAUAGGCUCUCGGCAGCCUGGGAGGCUAGCCAGGUGGGGCGAGCCGGUGCCGAUGGCCAGGGCCGGGGGAUGCGCGCCUCGCCGAGCCAGGGAGCAGCAGUGGAGAUCCCUCGACAGAAUGAGCCUGUGGAGGGGGUGCCCUUGGACACGGUCGGAGAGGAGGGGGGUGCACAGGAGUCGCUUAUGGCCAUGUCCACGGAGAGGAGAGGUUCGCGUUUGCAUAAGCUGGCGGCAGCCAUGGGGAUAGGCACUCCACAAGAGAGGCCUCAGAGACUCGAUGCUCCAGAGCAGGCCCCGAGGUUGGGAGAGUUGAGGGCGGAGCUGGGCUCCUGGGCCACGGAGACGGACUCAGGAGGGCCCGACUCGCGACAGCAGCAGCAGCAGCAGGAGGUCAUGAGUGAGCCCACCAUCGUGGUGAGCUCUCAGCCGUCUGGAUUAUGUGGGGAUGAGAUGGUGGGUGUGACAGAGAGGGCUCAUGAGGAGGGACCCCGAGCGCUGGAUAUGCCAGACUGCAGGCCAGGGAGCACAGCCGCACGAGGGGGUGAAGGUGCUGAGGCUAUGGAGCCCGGAUCUCAAGGCCAUAUGGGAUCGUCCUCGUAUCAUGAGGUGACUAGUGGGACCAUGGGGGCGCCUUCGGCAUCCAGUUCGCAAGGGAGAAAGAAGAAGACUACUAGGUGGCAUGAUACCUCUUGUUUUUGGUGCAAGGAGGGAGGACAUAGAGUCGUGGACUGUCCAGAGCUCCUUGAGGAUAAGGCCGAGGGGCGAGUUGCUGAGGUCGACGGCAAAUUCUAUGACAGACAGGGCAGGAUAGUGGAACGAGCUCCAUAUGGGGGCAGGGCUCAGUUAUAUAGGCAGAACCAGGAGGAAUUAUGUAAGUAGGGAUCGGUCUGUCUAUAUAUUGAUAGGACUAGAGAUCCUUGACACACACAGGGCGGGGUUAGGGGUGUACAUACCUUGAGUCAGUUGAGCGGGCCCUAGAUGUGUGUGUGCGUAGGAGUGGUGGGAUGAGUUUCUAUCCGAUUGUACAUAUGCGUGUGACUUUUGUUCGCUUGUUUCCUCUUGAGUUUCUUCGUGGGCUACGACCCAGGGGUAGAACUCAGUUGUGUGAUAUAUGAGACCAUUUAGUUA